CUGCAAGAAGAGCUCUUGCUAUACUCCCUCGGUGGAAGGCUGAGGCAGGAAGUUUGCUGAGAGAUCACGGCCAGCCUGAGUUACAUAGUGAGUUCUAGGGCUGAGUCAGACUGACUCAAAAGCAAACAAACAAACAAACAAACACACAAACAAACAAACAUAGGGGAGUGGGGAUGGGGAGACGAAAUAAAAAGAGCAGGUGGAUUGUGGGAGGGUCACUAGGACCUGCCUUGUGCCCCUACCUUCCCCUGGGACUGUUGGGCUUCUUCUGCCUGUCCCAAUGACACGCCCCUGGCACCUACUCCCCACCUUCCAGACAGGGCGGAGGGACGCUGGCCCUGGCUCAAACUGUGUCUUCUUAGAGAGCCCCAGGCUGCCUCAAGAGGCGGGCACUGCAGCCUGGGUGGCACAGCAGAGCAGUGGCGGGCUUGUCCUGGUCCCUAGCUGUCUCUGCCUGCACCUGUGCGAUCCAGAACGCUCCACCGCCGCAGCCCCAGCAGAGAAGCCCGGAGCCACGAUGAGCCACGCCUGCGACCGCCAGGAUGCCAGCCAAGGAGACACUGACCAGAAGGAGAUGACCCCUGGUAAGAAGAUCCCUGUCUUCGUGGAUGGGGUUGUACUUAAUGGACCACAAACAGAUGUGAAAGCUGGAGAAAAAUUUGUUGAAGAAGCCUGUAGGCUAAUAAUGGAAGAGGUGGUUUUGAAAGCUACGGACAUCAAUGAAAAGGUAUGUGAGUGGCAGCCCCCUGAGCAGCUGAGGCAGCUCCUUGACCUGGAGAUGAGGGACACGGGAGAGUCACAGGACAAGCUGCUGAAACUCUGCCAAGAUGUCAUCCGCUACAGUGUCAAAACCAACCAUCCGAGAUUUUUCAACCAGCUGUAUGCGGGCCUUGACUAUCACUCCUUGGCUGCCCGGAUUAUAACAGAGGCACUGAACCCAAGCAUUUAUACGUAUGAGGUGUCCCCAGUGUUUCUGUUAGUGGAAGAGGCGGUUCUGAAGAAAAUGAUUGAAUGUGUUGGCUGGAAAGAAGGGGAUGGAAUAUUUAACCCAGGUGGCUCAGUCUCCAAUAUGUGUGCAAUGAAUUUAGCCAGAUACAGACAUUGCCCUGAUAUCAAGGACAAAGGCCUGUCUGGUUUGCCAAGAUUAAUCCUUUUCACGUCGGCAGAGUGUCAUUACUCCAUGAAGAAAGCGGCCUCCUUCCUUGGGAUUGGCACCCAGAAUGUGUACUUUGUAGAAACGGAUGGAAGAGGUAAAAUGAUACCAGAGGAGCUGGAGAAACAAAUCUGGCAAGGGAAACAAGAGGGGGCAGUGCCGUUUCUCGUCUGUGCCACCUCUGGUACCACCGUGCUGGGCGCCUUUGACCCCCUGGAUGAGAUUGCUGAGGUCUGUGAGAGGCAUGGCCUCUGGCUCCAUGUGGAUGCCUCUUGGGGCGGCUCGGCUUUGGUGUCCAGGAAGCACCGCCGGCUCCUGCAUGGCAUCCACAGGGCUGACUCGGUGGCCUGGAACCCACACAAGAUGCUGAUGGCGGGAAUCCAGUGCUCCGCUCUACUUGUCAAGGACAAAUCUGAUCUUCUUAAGAAGUGCUACUCUGCCAAAGCGACAUAUCUGUUCCAGCAGGAUAAAUUCUACGACGUCAGCUACGACACGGGAGACAAGUCCAUCCAGUGUAGCAGGAGACCUGAUGCCUUCAAGUUCUGGAUGACCUGGAAGGCUGUGGGCACAUCAGGACUUGAGGAGAGAGUUAAUCGUGCCUUUGCUCUAUCUCGGUACCUGGUCGACGAAAUCAAGAAAAGAGAAGGCUUCAAGCUGCUGAUAGAACCUGAAUAUACCAAUGUGUGCUUUUGGUACAUUCCACCAAGUCUCCGAGAGAUGGCGGAAGGACCGGAGUUCUGGAGAAAGCUCAGCUUGGUGGCCCCAGCCAUUAAGGAGAAAAUGAUGAAAAAGGGGAGUCUCAUGCUGGGCUACCAGCCCCACCGGGGGAAAGUCAACUUCUUCCGCCAGGUGGUCAUCAGCCCUCAAGUGAGCCGGGAAGACAUGGACUUCCUGCUGGAUGAGAUAGACAGCCUGGGUAGAGACAUGUAGCCACGGCUUUCAUCCCCCAGAGGCAUCACUCCUGUCCUGGGGACGGUCACGGAUCCAGUGCAUCUGAAGACUCACUAGACAGAUGACGGUCCUGGUGAGAUUAGGAAACACGCCCGCUCCCCACACAGAAAACGCUAAGCAAAUAGUCCUAAGGGUUCUUUGGCUGCCUGCUGCUACUGCUUGUAGAACGGAGAAAGUAGACAUUAUAAAGAAUUAUUCUCUCAAAUAUCAUCCUUUGAAACAACCCCGAGGACACUUUAGGCAGUGCCACUCGGAUGGAUGCUGGUUUGUAAGCUCCCAUUGCUCUCUAAAGAACACAGAAGCGCAAUGUGGAGCUUACAGCAGUGAACCCCAGUGUGCCCCUGUGCCACCAGCAUCAGCACCGUCAGGGACUUACUAAAAAUACAAAUUCUCCAGCCUUACCCCACACCACCUGAAUCAGAAACUCUGGCUGGUUCCAGCAUCCUGAGGUUUAAUAAGCCCAACAGGUGAGUCUGAUGCACAAUAAAUUCUGAGAGACAAUGGUCCAGUGAAAAGCCUUUACAGCUGUUUUACCCCCUAAAGGACAUGUGAUAUUUCAGUAGCCUCUCAGCCAGUCUUUGAAAAAUACAGACCACAUCCCCACACCUCGCUAGCUAGCUAUAUGCUAGAAAUGGUUUCUCUUAACACUUAAAAAGUGGAAAAGAAUGUACAGCAAAUGUGGGCUUGUUGAGUCAUUUUUCUAGUAGGUAAUCAUGGGAAACUCAAUAGCCAUAGUUCAGGUCCCAUUCUGCCUUUAGUGAGACAGGGCAGCUUCUCGACUGAUGGAAAAUACCACUGAGGUCAGAUAGUUUGCAAUCCCAUUAUAUUUUUUUGAAAUAUUCAAAUAUAUAUAUAUAUAUAUGUAUAUAUAUAUAUGCAAGAGAGGGAGAGAUAGAUAGAUAGACUAUAUUAGAUUCUUACAGCCUAAAGAUACAUGUUUUAUUUGGGCUGAAGUGUUUUUGGGUUUCGUUUUUGUUUCAGGAGUUACAAUGAAUCACUAUUCUAAUUCAUCUGCAUUAUAAAUUAGGGGAAGAAAACCAAACAGUUUUGAUCAAUGAUUAGAAAACAUUAAUCCACUUCUCCAAGCAUGCUAUUGGGUGGGGACAAACAUUGCAAGGCUGUGUGGGUCUCUGUCCCUCUUUUACAUUUUGGAAUGCACUUCUUAUUUUCACUCUCGGCUUUGUAGGGAAUAAAAUAAAUUCCAGAAGUGAAGUCCAAGGUUGUACAACAUCCUCCUUCUCAAAUUCUGCAAUGUCAGUUAGAGUUUUCAGUGGUCUAUCUUGAGCAGAGACUCUAGAUUUAGAGACCUCUCCGUGGAGGUCCCCUGUUGUUCCUGCAACGUGGAUGACUGCAACUCUCUCUGGAACCCACACCUUAGAUUUAUUUCUGGGGGUUUUCUUGACUAGGAACAGACAAUCUGGAGACGACGUGUACAUGAAGGCUAUGUGUUGAGAUUUGUCCAGGUGGGGGGCUUGCAAUCGCCUGACGAUGGAUCACUAACUCCUGACAUUUAAAUUUUGAGAAAUGGAUGUGUACUGUGUAGUCUGCACCAAACAUCUUCAUUGUAGACUGUGCAGCCUUUCACUGUCUCCACUCAGCAAAGGUAUUUUCACUUCAUUUCCUGAAUUACUUCAAACUCCCUGGUGGUGGGAGCUAUCGUGCAUGAGUUGACUCUCGUUGCCUUUUCAAAAUUGUUCUACAUAGAGUGCUCCUAAGACUGAUGCUUGAAAUAAGUUGGAUUCCAUGAAAUAAAGAUCUCUGUCAGCACUGUG